AGCCUGCCUGUGCUCGGCUUUCCCCGGGCGGGGACUGUGCAGAACUGCCCAGGAAACAACCGACUCCCCACCUCCCCGCCCCACGGAGUUUGGGCAGGAACCGGCUUGCGCAGCUGCCAUCUAGAGGCGCUUGGCCGCCGUGUAUAUAACUGCGAGUCAGCCGGCCGGAGCGCUCAGUCGCUGGCAAACAGCUCCGCGAUCUGGGGCAGCAGGAGAGGGAAAAGCCCGGCCAAGUUACGGUGUCUUUGGAUUCCAAGUUGACCGGCCAUGAGUGCAAUUGACUUGACUUCCAUCCUGGAUCUUCUGGACGUGGGAAAUUUCUCUGACAGCAACUGGACAUGCAACAAUGGGGACUGCAUCAUUGUGGACACCCUCUCGUGCCCUAGCACACUUAACAAAAGUGUCUUACUGUACACCCUCUCGAUCUUCUACAUCUUUAUCUUUGUGAUAGGGCUGGUGGCCAACUCGGUGGUUGUCUGGGUCAAUCUCCAGGCCAAAACGACCGGUUACGAAACCCACCUCUACAUCUUCAAUCUUGCGAUUGCCGACCUGUGUGUUGUCAUCACCCUUCCGGUUUGGGUGGUCUCCCUUAUCCAGCAUAACCAAUGGCACAUGGGAGAAAUCACAUGCAAGAUCACUCACCUCAUAUUUUCCAUUAAUUUGUACGGGAGCAUCUUCUUCCUGGCAUGCAUGAGUGUGGACCGCUAUCUCUCGGUCGCCUACUUCACCAACUCCAGCAACUGCAAGAAGAAGAUCAUCCGACGCUGCAUCUGCAUCUUUGUGUGGCUUCUUGCCUUCUGUGUCUCUCUCCCGGACACCUAUUACCUGAAGACUGUCUCUUCGAACAAUGAAACUUAUUGCCGACCUCUCUAUCCCGAGGAGAGCUUCAAAGAGUGGCUGGUUGGCAUGGAGCUCAUCUCAGUUGUGUUGGGCUUUGCCAUUCCUUUCCCCAUCAUUGCUCUUUUUUAUUUUCUCCUUGCAAGGACCAUCUCUGCCUCUAGUGAUCAAGAAAGGAAGAGCAAUGGCAAGAUCAUUUUCUUUUACGUCAUUGUGUUCCUUGUCUGUUGGCUGCCUUACCAUGCAGUUGUCUUGCUUGACAUCUUCUCAGUCCUUCAUUUUAUACCCUUCAGUUGUCAAAUGGAGAGCUUUCUCUAUGCGGCUCUUCAUGUCACCCAGUGUUUCUCCCUCAUCCAUUGCUGUGUCAACCCCAUCCUCUACAGCUUCAUCAACCGAAAUUACAGAUAUGAGCUCAUGAAAGCCUUUAUUUUCAAGUAUUCGGCCAAAACAGGCCUCACUAAACUGAUUGAUGCUUCCAGAGUAUCGGAAGCUGAGUAUUCUGCUCUGGAGCAAAAUGCCAAAUGAUCACCGCUCUGUAAAGACUACUCUUGGGCCUUUGUUGUGAUGGGAGCAUGUCUGUGAUGGGACACGAAUUCACAGUUUGGAAGAGAAAAAAAGAACCAGCAUUUAAGUGUUGAAGUGUGGAGCAAAAUGAGAAGUGGUUACUAAAACCAUUCAUUUAUUUCAUUGUUUUGUUUUAUCUAUGGCUAGCUAAUCCGACUUUCUGGACCGAGACCAGGGUGCAAAUUCUAUGCAAAUGGAUGCAAAUUUGUAGUAAACAAAGCCAUUGGUGUGCCCUGGAUAUUACAUAUCUUCACGAUAGGCUUUUUUCCCACAUGUGUAAUGGAGAUCCUUUCUUGGUUUCAUUGUAUAUGUGUAAUAUAUAGAGAAAAAUAUAUAUAGUGUGUUGUAUUUAAAAACCCAAGACUUUAUUUUUUGGCUGUUGGUGUCCCUUAUACAAAUGUAUUUGAAAGUUUAAAUAUAUUUUUUAUCAUGUAUUUGGAGUAUAUUGCUGACAAUUGUACCCAGAGUGCUAUAGUCUGAAUAGUAGAUAGUCCAAUUAUAGUCACAACGAAUGACAAAGGAUAGCAUUAUUAGCCGUAUGGAGAUUGUGUACUUAUAUGUUUGUGUGUCUACUUUGGCCGGCACACUUUAUUUACAAACCUUUAUGUUGUGGUUUACACUGAUCGGUAUGGAAAUAAGCUGAAUGUACCGUGGUCUAGUUUGGCAUCACGUUAAAAUGAACAGUAACAUAAGAGUCAGGUUAAUGCCUGUUUCACCAAGCAGUAUCCAUGUGCACAAAAUGAAAACCAUCUUUCCAAGAGUCCUCUGUAUUUGUAAGUUAUUUUUUUUUAAAUAAAGCUCUUGAAAAAUA